GUCCCCACGUGGAUGGAAGAUGGCCGCAUUUGCAGAUCUGAAUAUUCUCUACUUACCGGAGAAAGAGGCUUUAAAGAAGUUGGUGGAGGCUGCCGCGCACCUUGGCUAUUCAACUGUAGCAAUCAAUUAUGUUGUCAACUAUGAAGAAAAGAAAAAAGAAAUUGUCAAGCCAAUAUCUCCCACAGAACUGUUUCCAGCCUUGCCUCUUGUACAGGGGAAAUGCAGGCCAAUUAAGAUUUUAUCAAGGCUGACACUUGUGGUUUCUGAUCCAUCCCACUGCAAUGUUCUAAGAGCGACGUCCACAAAUAUCAAAUAUUACGACAUCUUUGCUGUAUUUCCUAAGAAUGCCAAACUCUUUCACGUGGCAUGCACAACCUUAGAUGUAGAUCUGGUGUGUGUUGAUGUGACAGAAAAGCUGCCCUUCUUCAUCAAGAGACCAUCUGUUAAUGUGGCAAUACAGCGAGGUGUCUACUUUGAGCUUAUUUAUGUUCCGGCCAUCAAAGACUCCACAAUGCGACGGUACACAAUUUCGAAUUCCUUCAGCUUGAUGCAAAUCUGCCGUGGAAAGAAUAUCAUUCUGUCCAGUGCAGCAGAAAAGCCUCUCCAGUUGCGAAGUCCGUACGAUGUGGCUAAUUUAGGGUGGUUGUUUGGCCUCUCAGAAAGCAACGCCAAGGCAGCUGUUUCGACUAACAGCCGAGCUGUCCUUCUUCAUGGAGAAGCCAGGAAGACUGCCUCUGGAGUGGUGUAUACAGUGAAGAAACCUCAAACUCCAGAAGAUGAUGAUGAUUCUGCUCCACUCAAUAAAAAAGCCAAGACAGACUUGUGAAGUACAAGUUCACCUCUCUAACACCCACCACUCAGACCAGACCUCCAUGCUGUCAUAUCCUAGGCUGGCUUGAGAAGAGGAGUCUCUUUUUAUGUCUCUAUUUAAGUGGUAAUAAUAUCUACCACUUAGAUGAACUCUCAGAGUGAUUAUAUGGAUCUUGGAAGCAGUAGAUGAUGACAAUAUAAAGUUUGAAAGGAAUGGGAAAACAUCUAUAUAGCUAUGCUGCCUUUUAUAAUAAAUAUAUCUUCCAAAUCCAA